UCAUAUCUACCAUUAACACAUUGUAGAGCAUGCCAACAUUGAUUGAAUAUUGUAUUGAUAAUGAAUAGAUGUUUAACUAAAGACUUCUAUCAUUUAAUGAACAAUAUAGACAAACUUUCUGAUGGACAGGCGAGAAUUUGUGAAUGGGAUUCUUGUAAUGUAUCGAAAUUUGUCAUAGAAGUGAGCCCAUCGGAGGGACCAUAUAAAGGCGGAAAAUUCAAAUUUAAGUUUGACGUGGUUGAAUUAUUCUACCCUAUUCUCCAACCAGAUAUUAAGUGUAUUACACCGAUUUACCAUCCAAAUAUCGACACACUGGAACCAGAUGACAAUGAUCUCAUAUCAAAUGUUUGUGUCAGCAUCUUAGAUGACUGGAAACCAGUAAAUGGACUUGAUGAUUGUAUCCAAGCCUUGUUGUACCUAUUCUAUCAACCAAAUACAACAGACUCACUGAGACUAGCAGAUGGCGAUAUUACAGAGAACCAGUUUUUAGAAAAUGUUCAGAAAUCUCUGAAAGGAGGAACAGUCGAGGGUUGUUUUUUCCACCCAAAUUAUGGUUGGGUAGAGAAUUCUAAACUUACUGACGAUCUAACCCAAUAUGAAUGUAAGCCUGAACCACCGAAAAAGAAAUUAUGCAAACGAGUAUAAACUGAGUUAGUGACCAUUUCGACUAUGUAUUUGAUACAAAUCUUCAAAAUAAUAAUAAAAAAUAACAUUGAACUGCGUUCAUUAC